AUGCGGCUGCCCGCGGAGGGCGCCCACCUGAGCCCCGGCCCCCGCUCCUGCUGUCGCCGCCGCUGCCCCUGCCACCCUGGGGCGGAUGCUGCCGCAGGCUGGCGCCUCCGCACCUCGGGGCUUAUGAGCUGUACCAGGGUUCUAGCGUGUUCCUCUAGUCCCGUGAUGGCCGUGGACAUCGAGUGCAGGUACAGCUGCAUGGCCCCCUCCUUGCGCAGAGAGCGGUUCGCCUUCCAGAUCGCCCCGAAGCCAAGCAAACCUCUGAGGCCUUGUAUUCAGCUGAGCAGCAAGAAUGAAGCCAGUGGGACAGUGGCCCCCACGGUCCAGGAGAAAAAGGUGAAGAAGCGGGUGUCCUUUGCCGACAACCAGGGGCUGGCCCUGACGAUGGUCAAGGUGUUCUCUGAGUUCGAUGACCCAUUAGAUAUUCCACUGAACAUCACCGAGCUCCUGGACAGCAUCGUGAGCCUGACCACAGCGGAGAGCGAGAGCUUCGUCUUGGAUUUCUCACAGCCGUCAGCAGACUACCUGGACUUCAGAAAUCGGCUUCAGACCGACCACGUGUGCCUGGAGAACUGCAUUCUGAAGGACAGGUCCAUUGCAGGCACCGUGAAGGUGCAGAACCUUGCGUUCGAGAAGACGGUCAAAGUCCGGAUGACCUUUGACACCUGGAAGAGCUUCACAGACUUUCCCUGUUGCUACGUGAAGGACACAUACGCGGGUUCAGACAAGGACACGUUCUCCUUUGACAUCAGCUUGCCUGAGAAAAUUCAGUCUUACGAGAGGAUGGAGUUCGCCGUGUGCUACGAGUGCAAUGGACAGAUGUACUGGGACAGCAACAAAGGCAAAAACUAUAGGAUCAUCCGGGCGGAGCUGCAGUCUACCCAAGGAACAGCCCAGCCGCCAAACGGACCAGAUUUUGAAAUAGCCUUUGAUCAGUUUGGAAGCCCUCGGUGUUCCUACGGUCUGUUUCCGGAGUGGCCUAGUUAUUUAGGAUACGAGAAGCUUGGGCCGUACUACUAG